GCCCCACGUGGUGGCGGGAGCGCAGCGCGGGGCAGGGGCCGCGUCCGAGCGGCCGCUCCGGCCCGGCAUGAACCCCUUCGCCUGGUACCCGCCGCCCCCGCCGGGGCUCCCUCCUCCAGGGAUGCCCCCACCCUUCUUCUGCCCGCCGCCCUUCUGGGAGCCGAGUUUCUGGUCUGCCCCCGGGCCCUUCCCGCCGCCCGGGCGAUACCCGCCUCCCGACAGCUUCCCGCCCAGCACCUACACGGCCGCCGAGAACUACCCGCCCGCUGGGAGCUACUCGCAACCUGCCCAGAGCGCCCCGCCCGCCGAGAACUACUCGCAGCCCAAGGGCUGUCCUCCUGCCAGGAGCUAUUCUCAGCCUGCCGAGAGCUGCCCUCCCACCGACAGCUACUCCCAGCCUGCCAAGAGCUACUCGGAGGCUGGGAAUUACCCAAAGCCCGAAGGGUACUCGCAGCCUGAGGGCUACUGCCAGCCCACCGAGAGCUACCCGCCUGCUCAGAACUACCCACAGCCUGAGCGGUACCCGCCUGCCGAGAGCUACUCACAGCCCAAGAGCUACCUGCCCCCUAAUAACUACACAUCCCCCGCUGCCUGGCACCCACCGGCCUUUGGAGUGCGACCGCAGGGCCCGCAUGCAGGUGGAAAUGGUAAUUUCUCCCAGAAAUGGCAAGGCAAGCAAGUCCCUGCAUUUGGUAAACGUCCAGAAGAAAAUAAUAAGCCAAAGACCAAAAAGAAAAAAGAGCCAGUUUUCUCUCAUUAUUGUGAUACCUGUGAUCGUGGCUAUCAAAACCAGGAGAAGUAUGAUGAACAUAUUUCACAGCAUAAACAGUGCACAGAAGAAGGUUGCAAUUUCAGUGCACAUGAGAAGAUAGUUCAGAUACACUGGAAAAACGCACACGCACCGGGUGCUAAAAGAAUAAAAUUAGAUAGUCCAGAAGAGAUUGCUAGAUGGAGAGAAGAAAGAAGAAGGAAUUUUCCUACAUUGGCCAAUAUUGAAAAGAAGAAGGCGAUGCAGGCGCAGAAGGAGGAAAGGGGAGAAGUGCUGACUACGCAGCAGUUUGGCAAAAUGAAGGGGAUGUGGAAACCUCCAGGAAAUGGAGAGGCUCAUGGGCAUCACGGAAGACACAGGAGAAGACAAUGGCGCCCGUUCUGGAAGAAAUUUAGGAAAAAUGGUGGGGAUUAUCAUGUACAUAGAACUCAAAAUGAAACUAAUGGACCAGAAAACAGCACGUAUGAAAAGGAACAUGAAAAACAAGAGACUUUGGCGGGUCAAGCAUAUGAGAAGGACGUGGACCCUCUCGGUCUUCUGGCAAAUGGUGAAGUUGAAUCCGACAAGGACGAAACAGCUGAUGAAGAUGGGAGGCUGGGACUGGCAGUUGUUCCCAAGCAGGUGACCUCUGCCCUUAGUGCCUUGUCGGUCAACUAUGGCAGUGCAUCCGACAGCGAGCCCGAAGAAAUCCCUGUCAAGACUGCAACAAAAGCUGAGAAGAACCAGGCUGUGCUCAGAAAUAUGCCUCAAACUACUUAUGUUCCUCAGAGUCAAAACCCAAAUCAAAAACGUCCGGAAUAUGCAGGCACGAAGUUAAGAAGCUCAAAUUCAAAUGCACGUCCCCCCAGAGGGCCUGAUAACUGGGGCAAGAAAACAUUACCUCUCCUUCCAAAGCGCCGUCCAACUCUGCUGGAAAUGUUACUGGCCCAGGACAUCCGACAUGAAAGGAAUGUGAUUUUGCAGUGCGUUCGAUACCUCAUCAGAAAUAACAUGUUUGGACUUCAUUUUAAAACAGAACCACAAGCUGAAACAGAAACUGAACAGUCCUCUACAACUACAAUCUCUUCAGUGGACAAACUCGAUGAAUCUAAUUGUUCUCGUAGCUCUGACCUUCAGGUAGCAGGAGGACAAGAAGAUGAAUUAUUAAUAGCCCAGGAUGAGAAAGAACUUAUGGAUCAGACUUCACAGAUGGUUCACCUGGCAGAUGAGGACACAUGGGAAACCCCAUCAGUUCAGUGUGAAGGAACACCGUAGAGGAUGUCUGUUGUGGACAGUAAAGCAAAGGCUUACAUUUUCUACCCAACUGAUGCUUUUUGAAAGACAUCAGUAUAACAAAAAAUCAUUAAAGUACACAGUGAGAGCUGUUAAAAUCACUUUCCUGAUCUGUUCUGCCUAAGGUGGCCGUUUCCUUGGAAAAACAGCAUCCAUGUUCAGUAAUUCCAUUUCCCCAUGGCACAAAGGCAGCAGUGGCACAGAAUAUGACCUUCCCUAGAGUAGGUGCAGAAAGCCCCACUUCUGAGCCUCAGAGCUCUGAAUGUUUUACCUUCUUAUGAAAUGUGUGUCAGUCCAUCACCAGAGCCAAGUAGUGUUGUGGUAGGAUGGAUCUUCAUAUGAAAUCAUGGCCUGGUGUGUCUGGUGUAUCUUGAGCGUCCAGAAGUAUUUCAGUGUAGUUUUGAAAUGACGAUUCAGUGCACAUAUUUUUUUUACUUCAGCUGUUAAAAGAUAUAUCCAGUAUAAUUCUAAUAUAUCCAAUGUUAAAUAAAGAAAUUAAAUGUAACAUAUAACUGACCUCUAAAAGUACUAUUUGUACCAUGCAUCUCCUCCUUUCUGAAUUAUUUAUUAAUUGAGCCAAGAAAUUGAAAUAAGGGUGCAGGCUGCUGUAAGAAGCCUUUUUUACAAAAUUAAUAAAUAAAUAUACUGUAACUGCUUGCAUCAGUGCUAGGUUGCUGGUUUACAUCAGGUACCCAGUGUUAAGCCGUAGGCCUUAAUUGCUGUUAAGGUUAUUGCCUGACAAAUCUAACUCUUGAAGCAAAUCCUUAAUACUGAGUUUAGAAAGCUUACCAAGAGUUACUGGCUUGUCCUUUUUAAUGUGCACUGGGAAUUUAUUAGUUGGCCUUCUGGAAGAAUAUCUCCCUUGGUACAUUGAUGUGAUGCUCCUACAGCACCCAGCGAUUGUUUUUUUCAUGGGUUUGUGAGUACAGCCAUAGUGUUGUGAGCACUAAAAAAAAAGCAUCAGCCAAGGUUUAGAAACAAGCUUAGUCUUUUGAUUACAUUGUGCAUUUGUUUGCCAAAAUGCUUCUUGUCGAAGGCAGGUGUUAGUUUGUCACAUUGACACCAAAAACAUGCCAUGAAAAUAAUCUGUUCUCAAAACCUCCACUUCAGAAUCUGCUCUUUGUCUUUUAGUCAUGGUAAUGUUACAGUUAAAUGUUGGGAGCUGGUUUUAUUUUUUUUUUUUUUUUGUUCUUUGGUAGAUGUUUAGCCUUCCAUCCCACCAUCUAAAAUAUGGAGACUCACGUGGGUUUUUUAUUGCCUAAUAGCUGUAUUUUCUUUUCUUUGGUUCCUUAACUUGUGCCACACAUCCCAUUUGUGGAGUAUAGAAAACAAGAAAGAGUUGAAAAUUCAGUCCUGCUGCUCUGCUAUUUAUAGCUACAACUGCAUAUUGUGUUUGUAAUGCACUGUCUAAAUUUAUGGAAUUAUAUAAAUAUCAACACCCUUGUAAAAUUGUGUAUCUUGAGAAUAUAUGUGCAGAAUAGAAGCAGUGAUCAUAAACAUUUAUAUUUCCAAGGCAGAUGAUUCAUUCCUCCCAUGAUGAUCUCACAAGCUGUCUCAAUCUCACUGACUUGCCUCUGGCUCUUACAGUUCUUACUGCAAUGAAUAUACCAGCAAAGGACCCUCAGCCAUGGAGAUCUGGCACUUGGGCAGAACCUGAUUUCAGUGGAGUGGUACCAGUGCUGUUGAAAGCAGGGGUAACAGCUGCAGGAAAAGAAAUAGAUGUCUUAAAAUUGCUACUAAAUUGCACUUUAAACAACACUGUCUGUAUUGAGGUGAUGGCAUAGCUUUCUUUUGACUGUACACUCUGACCUUAUGUUUAAAAAGACAAAACCUUUACCCUGACUUCUUUAUACUAUGUCAUUACAACUUGAGAAUAUUAAACUUUCACACAAAACCAAAAA